AUGCUAGCCUUCCUGCAUGGACACGGGGUCUACCUCAUGGAUUUCAGCUCGAGCACGAUAUGGAUUCGCGAGGAUCUCUCGAUUGCCCUGUCAGGGUUUCUGAACGCAACAAUCCCGACCGAUGAAUGGCCGUACUCUCCAGAUGGGACCAGAUACGAAACAGAGAUCUAUUAUCCCACCGUGCCGGAAAAUGGGUUUCCACAACUGACGCCGAAAAUCGAUCUUUCCGAUUGGGCAACUUUUGUCUGGCAGUUGAUGCGGACGGAUGCCAGCAGUGAGGGGAAGAAGUGGUCACUGCCGACUGAUCCAUUGGAUGAGACAGAGGGGCCUGGGGAGGAUGAGGAUACAUGGGAGUAUCAUAAGGAACGACUAAAGGAGGGCAAGCUGCAGCUAUUAGAGGAGGAACGAUUAGGGCCGAUUCUGGUGAAGGCCUGGAACGGGGGAUAUAAAAAUGCCCGACAGAUUAUGCAGGAGGUACGAUUAUAUCUCGAGCAGAUUGGGGUGAAGAUAGAAGGGGAGGAUGAGGUCCUGCUGGAUGGUGGGCGAAAGUGGGAGGAUGUAUUCACGGUCGUUCGGACAGAUGGUGUGCGUUGGGGGAGAGAGAUUCGAUAUAACUAA